GUGCUCUGAUUAGAGAAAGCCUGCGUAGAGUGUGUACGGUUAAAAAAACAAUAAAAAAGUUAUUUGUGGAAACCGCGUAACGAAGCAAAACUUAGACAGCACAUAAUCUCUCAAAUCUCUUUACAAACCCUCUCCGUCUCAAGUGGAGCAGUUGUCUGUAUUCUUGACUCAACCAACACAGUUCCACCAAAACCACCGCUCUAAGUCCAACAAUGGACCCCACCAAGUUCAGAGGGAAGCAGCCCAUGACGGUUGACAUUGAGCAGAUGCCGGAGACACCUUACCGAGGGAGCCACCACAGAAGGGCCCACUCAGAUACGUCCUUCCGCUUCGACGACCUCCUCUUCUUAGAUGCUUCUGACUUCGACCUCUCCUCUCUCGACGACCUCCCUACUCCGAACACCACCACCACCACCACCCACCCUCCACCUGCAGCUCCCAUGGCCGUCGACUCCUUGUCCGAUGACUCCACAUCCAACGGUCAGAAUCAGAAGCCCAAACCCGUCAAUCACCUCCGGAGCUUGUCUAUGGACUCCGACUUUUUUGACGGUUUGGGUCUUGGGGCUGCUGGUGGUGCAGAUGAGAAAUUCGACGGGAAAGCGGUAGCGGGAGAAAAGAGGGCCGCGAACCCCCACCACAGGCAUAGCUAUUCGAUGGAUGGGUCGUUUGAGGUGGAUUCUAUUAUGAUUGAUGGUGUCAAGAAAGCUAUGGCUCCCGAUAGACUCGCAGAGCUAUCUUUGAUUGAUCCCAAAAGAGCUAAAAGGAUUCUUGCUAAUAGGCAAUCCGCAGCACGGUCAAAGGAGAGGAAAAUCAGAUACACUGGCGAGCUAGAGAGGAAGGUGCAGACGCUUCAGACUGAAGCAACUACCCUCUCCGCACAGGUCACGAUGCUGCAGAGAGACACCACUGGGUUAACUGUUGAGAAUAAGGAACUGAAACUGAGGUUACAGGCUAUGGAGCAACAAGCACACCUUAGAGAUGCUCUGAAUGAAGCAUUAAGGGAAGAGGUGCAGCGGCUUAAGAUAGCAACUGGUCAGGUUCCGGCUGUCAAUGGAAACCCUUUCAACAGAGUUCUGCCUCCUCAAUUCCCCCCCCAUCAGGGCUUACAAACCUUUGGCAACCAGCAAACUCAGCAGCAGCUGCACAUGCCACAGCCAUCCACCACUGGCCAGACUCAUAAUGGGCAGCCACACCCUAGCUUCUCAAAUUUCAGCCAAAGGGUCUAAUGUCACCGGCGGAACCUCAUUAGCUGGAAUGUAAUGUUGCAAAAUAGAAAUUAGUUCGACCCUCGUAGCAUCUUGUAUAUGUAAGCAUGUAUAUUGGUUGCAGGCACAGGUUGUGAGAGUACUUUCUCGUAGCUCCUGUCACGUCAGGCUAUGUUAUCCUCAGGACAGAUUAUAUUUAUCACAUGUUGCAUAGAAAUUAGGCCUUCAUUAAACAAUUGAGUGGAUGACUAUUGUAACCUUCUAUGUGCAGAAUAAUUAAUCUCUGGGUUCGGCUGGACCAAGCACCACACAUUUUCCUUUGAAA